AUGGACAAUACACCAAGGCAGAUAUUCCAAACUCCGAACAACGUAUAUGUUCUACAACAACCGUGGCAGUUCGUUAAAGAGCUAGGUCAAGGUGCAUAUGGAUGCGUCUCUUCAGCUAAAAAUGUGGUAACAAACGAGACAUGCGCUGUUAAAAAGGUGACCAACGUGUUUCAGAAGAAGAUCCUUACGAAAAGGUGUCUACGAGAACUCAGGCUGCUUCAUCAUUUCAGAGGUCACAAGAAUAUAACAUGCCUGUAUGACAUGGACAUAGUAUUUGACCCCCCUGGAACAGGUCAAUUCAGAGAAGUAUACCUCUAUGAAGAAUUGAUGGAAGCGGAUUUACAUGCAAUUAUUCGAUCAGGGCAACCUCUUUCAGACGCUCAUUUCCAAUCAUUCCUUUAUCAAACCCUUUGUGGUCUCAAAUAUAUUCACUCAGCAAACGUCCUCCACAGGGAUCUGAAGCCUGGAAACUUGCUAGUCAAUGCAGAUUGUGAAUUGAAGAUUUGUGAUUUCGGGUUAGCGAGAGGAUUCCAACCUGGAGCUGUGCAAACCGAUCAAGGUCAAGCUGGGUUCAUGACCGAGUACGUUGCUACAAGGUGGUACAGAGCACCUGAAAUCAUGCUUUCGUUUGCCAACUAUACUUCGUCAAUUGAUAUGUGGUCUGUGGGAUGUAUCUUGGCCGAAUUAUUAGGUGGUAAACCGAUAUUCAAGGGAGAAGAUUACGUAGAUCAAUUGAACAAAAUCUUGAAUUUCUUGGGUACACCAACGGAAGACACUUUACGUCGUGUUGGAUCACCCAGAGCUCAAGAUUACAUUCGAUCAUUACCAAUCAAACCAAGAAUAAGAUUCGAUACUCUUUAUCCUAACGCCCAACCAUUGGCAUUAGAUCUGUUGCAAAAACUAUUGACGUUUGAUCCUCAAAAGAGAAUAGGAUGUGAGGAAGCUUUGGAACAUCCUUAUCUCGCAGUAUGGCAUGAUCCCGCCGAUGAACCCUUAUGCGAAGUGCCAUUCGAUUUCUCAUUCGAGCAAGAAGACUCGACAUCCGGUAUGCGCCAAUUGAUAUUGGAAGAAGUCAGAUCAUUCCGACAAUUAGUACGAGCUCAUGCACCUCCGCCACCAUUACGAAGUAACGAUCCAAAUCUCCCACAAGCGAUGCAAGCUUCUUCUGAACCUGGAGCAGGUGUGGGUCCAGCUUUCUCAGGUGAGGGUGCCGAAGGUGUGAACCACAGUGAUGAUGUUGAAGAACAUCCUGGAAGCGCAUUGGAAAGACAAUUAGAUCAACAUAGGAUUUAG